CGAGCUUCAGUUGUAGAGCAACUAUGUCUCUAUCUCUGAAGCCUUUCCUCUUUUUAUACGACACCACUCUUAGUCUCCUCUUACUUCUGCUUAAUGGAGGGAGUCUAGAAGAUGCAGCAGUGGCACAACAGAGGCUUGAAGCAGACAAUAAUGCAGGACAGUCGUCUGAAUGGUUCGAAAUUCAAUAUUUGUGGAUAAAAACAAGGAGUGUUGUACUACUUCCCGUUUUCAAGUGUUUGGUGGUUAUGUGUUUGGUAUUAUCCAUCAUAGUGUUCUUCGAGAGUCUUUACAUGAACUUCGUCAUACUCUUCGUCAAGUUAUUUAGACGUAAACCCGAGAAAGUAUACAAAUGGGAGGCCAUGCUAGAAGAUGUCGAGGUUGGACCCGAUAACUACCCUAUAGUUCUUAUCCAAAUACCAAUGUUUAAUGAAAAAGAGGUCUAUCAAUUAUCUAUAGCGGCAGUAUGCAGUUUGGUCUGGCCAUCGAGCCGUCUAGUAGUUCAAGUUGUGGAUGAUUCUACGGAUCCAGCCGUAAGGGAAGGUGUGGACGUAGAAAUUGCAAAAUGGCAAAGCCAAGGAAUAAACAUAAGGUGUGAAAGGAGAGAUAACCGGAACGGUUACAAAGCCGGAGCUAUGAAAGAAGCUCUUACGCAAACCUACGUCAAGCAAUGCGACUUUGUGGCUGUCUUCGAUGCCGAUUUCCAACCGGAGCCCGAUUACCUCACCCGAACCAUCCCUUUUCUCGUCCACAACCCUGAGGUUGCUCUAAUUCAAGCCCGAUGGAUCUUUGUGAACGCGGACAAAUGCUUGAUGACGAGGAUGCAAGAGAUGUCCCUAAACUACCAUUUUAAGGUCGAACAAGAAUCAGGGUCUACUAGACAUGCUUUCUUUGGGUUCAAUGGAACCGCGGGUGUAUGGAGAAUAUCGGCACUAGAAGCAGCAGGAGGAUGGAAAUCAAGGACCACCGUCGAAGACAUGGACUUAGCUGUUCGUGUUGGUCUUCACGGCUGGAAAUUUGUAUACCUUAACGACCUCACGGUGAGAAACGAGCUUCCAAGCAAAUUCAAGGCCUACAGAUUCCAACAACAUAGGUGGUCCUGUGGCCCGGCGAAUCUGUUUAGAAAAAUGACAAUGGAGAUCAUUCACAAUAAGAGAGUAUCAAUAUGGAAGAAGUUCUACGUGAUCUACAGUUUUUUCUUCGUAAGGAAAGUGGCAGUACACUUCUUGACAUUCUUCUUCUACUGUGUUAUUGUGCCAACAAGUGUCUUCUUCCCUGAGAUCUACAUCCCAUCUUGGUCUACCAUUUACGUUCCCUCUUUGAUCACUAUCUUCCACACCAUGGCUACUCCAAGAUCGUUCUACCUCGUGAUAUUCUGGAUCUUGUUCGAGAAUGUAAUGGCUAUGCAUCGAACCAAAGGAACUUGCAUUGGCCUACUUGAAGGAGGAAGAGUGAACGAAUGGGUUGUGACUGAGAAGUUAGGAGAUGCUUUGAAGAAUAAGUUACUCUCUCGUGUCGUUCAAAGAAAAUCUUGUUAUCAAACGAUUAACGCAAAGGAAGUGAUGGUGGGGAUAUACAUAUUAGGAUGUGCAUUAUAUGGACUGAUCUAUGGCCACACAUGGUUACAUUUCUAUCUAUUUCUUCAGGCCACUGCCUUCUUCGUCUCCGGUUUUGGUUUUGUCGGAACCUAA